AUGGGGGUACUACCAGUUGUCAACUUUGUUUUCAUGCGGUAUGGCAGGGAGGUCGAACGCCGGAGGAUAGCUGUUGCCCCAAGCACCACCCUUGGGAGCCUGAAGAUUCACCACAAAAUCAUCAAUGCUGGCAGAAAGGAUGGGGAAGACGGAGUGUCUGGCCUCCAUGGUUGGCAAGUGCUUUAUGCUCCGCAAGGGUUCAAUCAGGACGGCCGCUUUCAAAAGGCUGGAGAAGCCAAUGCUUAUUGGGUGCUCCAUAGGGAGUCGUUUGAUGCUCUUGAGAGCGAGGUCCAGGGACUCCUCUUCGAUUCACGUCCUUCUAGGAGCUCUUUCCUGUUGUGCGGCCCCAUCGGCAAGAGUCACUGGGUCCUGGCAUUUGUUAACAGCCUCAUUAGAAGAGCUCAUGACCGGUUGGUGGAGAACGAACAGCUGAAACGGGGGAGCGAACCUGCUGGAAAAACAGGACGAGAAGUCCGCUUUCGAGUAGUUCCGGUCCUGGACUGUCGAGAACUGCAGCACAACUUCACGCUGGCACUUGUAAGGGGGUUGUCCAUAGCUUUUGGAGAUGAUCAGCAAGCACUUGAUGAGAUCUGCCAACUAGAGACUGCAAAGCAGUUCCGAAGCUUUGUGGCUUGUCAGCCAGCAAGGGUGCUCUUUGUGCUCGACCAGUACGAGUGUGUCCUCGAACCGGGCAACGACACUCUGAAAGGAUAA